AUUUGCCUGAAAGAUGCAUCAUUCCUGAAGCCCUUCGCGUGGAGCCUGCUCGUCGUGGACGAAGCUCACAGGCUGAAGAACCACAGCUCCCUGCUGCAUAGGACGCUCUCGGAGGUGAGCUCUCAGGGCAGCCUUCGUUCUCACGUAACCCCCCUUCAGAGACAUUAGCUUAGGUCUAUACAGAGCCAAUUAUGUUGGAACUUUUUUUUCCCAGUCAGAUUUCUGCAGUUAAAUGAACAUUUGGUGGUGACAGAAGGAGUGCUUAUUAUGGCCUGACUGCUUCCUCUUGUCGUUUACAGGGGUGAUAUUUACUAAAAUCUGGUUACCAAGUGACUAAGGUUCUACCCCAGUAAAACACAUUGUAUUUUUGGAAAUGUUUCAGCUCUCUUCUGGUCGUCUUUAAAGAGGCAGUUUCUUUAAAGAUAGCCUUGCUGUAGUUCUUCUGCCUGCAAUAAGGACCACACCUGACACGUUGUACCCCUUCUCCGUUUACCUGUUUAAAAUCUUGGACAGUUCACCACGAGGAGCCUGAUCUCUUGCUGUAGAAUGUUACCUCCAGUCUCUCCUGUCUCUGCCAUUCUUCUGAGUAUCACUCCCUUGAUCUUACUCCACUCCCUUGCUCUCUGGCAUCAGUCUGGCACAGCAGGUGAGCCGUGUCGUUGGAGCCCUAGAUUUGCCCUCUUUUCUGAGGGGCUAGUGGAAUAGCUUGUGCGGAUGGAGGGCCCUCUCCGUAUUGACCUAGUAAAGGCUUGUUCAUUCGUGAGACUAUGUGUGUGAAUGUCUGUGCCCAUCAUUGAAGUUUGGUUCCUGUCCUGUAAUAAAUCAGCUAAUAAAUUUAGAGGGAAUUCAGAGGAGAGUCUUAGGUCUGAAUUGUGUAUUUACUUGUUAAAAGCCCAGUUUUUAGUGCUUUUAUGCAGAUAUGGCCACUGUCUGUUAUUGGCCCAGUCUUAAGGAUUGCUGUCCCCUAGUGGGCCCCCUCUACUCUGUGGUGUCCUUUGCCUUCUUUUUAGGGACUCCGCAUAGCAUCUCUUUCCCAAGAGGUUGUCACAUCCUGGCACCUAACCUUAUAAGAGCCUGCUUCAUAAACUGCCGUGCCAGCUUCCUGCAACGGGGAAGAGGAGCAGGUGCAGCAGAAGGCCCCGGGCUUGGAGUGGGGAGGCGAGCUCUGCCCCUGGCUCCAGGGCCUUUUCUUCUUACUCAUAAGGAAACUUAGGCCCGGAGGGACUCGGUGAGAGAACUGUUCUGCGUCAUCCGAGGGUUCCUUUUUAGGUGAGGCUGGAAUUGCAGGCAGCUGGCUGGUCGGAAAGAAACAGUCACAUUUACUGAUUGGGCUGAGGGAGGGGAGAAAGGUGCUGCCUUUUUUCCUCGCUUCCUAAAACUGUUUUCAACUUGUUUGUUGAAGUUGGAAGCAGCCUAAAUGUGAACACCGAGAAGUGGUCACGCAAUUUACGCUCUGUCCAUACAGUGCGUUUACAGAGUACGGCUGCCGCGAAGAAUUGUGUAGAAGGGUGUUUAGUAACAUGGAAAAUAUUUGUAAAAUAUUUUAUGCAAAAUGUUUACAAAAUAUUACACACACAAACAGAGAUUAUCUCUGGACUUUCUUCCGUGUUAAGUUUUAGUGCAAAAUGGACACGGCUUUGAGUAAGAAUGUGAGUAACUCAGGUGGCAGGGCAAGCUGAUUGCAGUACCUGACAACCUUGAUUGUCUUUGUUGACCUCAUUUUCUUUGGGUCACUUUAGCCCUUUGCUUGGUGAGCACGUACUGUAAAAAUGUGAUUUGGUUACUAGAAACAUUUAUUUGUGACCAGUUCCCGUGCUUGAAAUGCUUGAAAACUUUGCCCUACAAGCACAGCAGGCAUGAGUGGGUGGGCAUUGAUUAGACAGUCUAAAAAGAAACAAAACAGAAAAGGGAAAAUGCCAAAAAAAAAAAAAAAGACUUUCAAAUCAGUUUUAACUGAUUACAUCAUUUCACCGAUUACCUUUUCUUCCUUCGAAAGUAUCUUCGUAUGACCCCCAUCCCAAAUCAAAACGUAGACACACAAGGAGAGUAAAAGGCACCAGUGACCCUGUUGCGCUGCGUGUUAACAUUUGGUGUACGCGCUGCCACGUCCUUUGCAGCCAUGAGUGCGCCCACACAGAAGCACGCAUCUGUAUGUUUUUUUCAAAUCAAGACGUAUUACUUUAAAGUGCAGUGAUUAUGUACGUGUGUAUAUGUAUUUACAUACACACAAUGUAUUUCGAUGUUUGAUAUAUAUUCAUAGGCUGUGGCUUUCUCUCUGUGUUGUAUUUGUGUGUGUGUGUGUGUGUGCGCGCGCGUGCUGUGCUAUUUAACUCAAGUAGUGCAAGCUCUUGUUGAUGUCAGUUCAGAGGCUGUCCUUUGACUAAUAUCUGUUACUGUUUUUCCUAACCUUUUACUUCUUUAGUCUCUUACUCUUCGUGUUCUCAUCUUUUGCGCAAAGUUUAGAGCUGCUUUCCACUUUGGGUUGUUUAUGGUCCAGAAAAGUCCAGAAGUCUUCACGUCUUGCACUGGCUGCACCUGUGAGGGUUCACAGACGGGCGCUCUUGUGGGAGAGCGCUGCCUCCGCCUUGCGUGCCGCGCGCCCCGCGUAGUGAUAGCGCGGCGCGCAUGCCCACGUGGGCUGCAGCCCGGCAGCCGCCCGCAGUGUUCACGCGGUGCUUUAGAGCCGCAAGUGAGUUUACCUGCGUCUUUGUAGCGGCGCCGUCUUCAGAGAAUCCUCAGCCCCUCUCAGGGCUGGAGCCGGGGCGGAGCCCUUGCCUGCGCCUGCGCCCGCGCCCCUGGGUGUCGCCGCUCUGGUCCUCUCGUUAAACCGCACGUCUCUGGGCACGAGUAACGGUUGUGCUGGGGACUCAGCCUUGCCCCCCGGGGCUACGGGUUUUCACCUCGGGUGUUCGUGCGUUUGAGUUCUCAGCCGUCUUCAGCCUGCUGCUGACCGGAACUCCCAUCCAGAACAGCCUCCGGGAGCUCUACUCUCUCCUCGGUUUUGCGGAGCCGGAGCUCUUUCCCAGGGAGCAGGUGGAAGAUUUCGUUCAGCGGUACCAGGACAUAGAGAAGGAGUCGGAGUCAGCCGUUUCUGCUGAGGCGAGUGAAAGCGGAGGUGGCUGCAGAGCUUCCCAGGAAGAUGGAAGUGGUGCUGUACCACGGCAUGUCGGCACUGCAGAAGAGGUGCUACAGGGCCAUUCUGAUGAAGGACCUAGAUGCAUUUGAAAAUGAGACGGCAAAGAAAGUUAAACUACAGAACGUCUUAUCCCAGCUUCGAAAGUGCGUGGGUCACCCGUACUUGUUUGAUGGUGUAGAACCAGAGCCUUUUGAGAUUGGAGACCACCUGAUCGAGGCCAGCGGGAAGCUUCACCUCCUGGAUAGGCUGCUGGCGCUCCUGUACCCCAGGGGCCAUCGAGUUUUACUUUUCUCCCAGAUGACCCAGAUGUUGGAUAUUCUCCAGGACUACAUGGAUUAUAGAGGCUACAGCUACGAGCGUGUGGACGGUUCUGUGAGAGGAGAAGAGAGACACCUGGCCAUUAAGAACUUUGGACAGCAGCCCAUUUUUAUUUUCCUCCUGAGUACCAGGGCAGGUGGCGUCGGCAUGAACUUGACGGCAGCAGACACUGUUAUUUUUUUCGACAGUGAUUUCAAUCCUCAGAAUGACCUGCAAGCAGCCGCCAGGGCUCACCGAAUCGGCCAGAGCAAGCCUGUGAAGGUUAUUCGGCUGGUUGGCCGAGACACUGUGGAAGAAAUAGUCUGCAGGAAGGCCGCCUCCAAGCUGCAGCUCGCCAGCGCGGUCAUGGAAGGGGGCCGCUUCACCCUGGGAGCCCCGAGACCCUCUGCGGACGCUGACCUCCGGCUGAGUGAGAUCCUCAAAUUCGGUUUGGAUAAACUGCUGUCUUCGGAGGGGAGCACCAUGGGUGAAAUAGACCUGGAGCCUAUCCUGGGAGAAACAAAAGACGGCCAGUGGCUCUCGGAUGCCUUGCCGACAGAGGAGGAAGGAAGCAGAGACCAGGAGGAAGAAAAAAACCACAUGUACUUAUUUGAAGGGAAAGACUACUCUAAGGAGCCUAGUAAAGAAGACAGAAAAUCGUUUGAACAACUGGUGAAUCUUCAGAAAACCCUUCUGGAGAAAACCAGGCAAGAGGGCCGGCUACUCCGAAAUAAAGGCCGUGCCCUCCUCCCAGGCCUCGGCGAGGGGUCUACCGCGCGGAAGCGGGUUCUGAGCCCUGAAGAGCUGGAGGACAGAAGGAAGAAAAGACAAGCAGCAGCAGCCAAGAGAAAGAGACUAACGGAGGAGAAGAGGAGGGAAAAGGAGGAAGCAGAACGUAAGAAAAGGAUGGCCUGGUGGCAGUCCAACAAUUACCAGUCCUUCUGCCUGCCUCCUGGGGACAGCGAACCAGAGGACCUCGAGGAAGGGGAAGAUGAGAGCUCUGCCCGGCUGGAUUAUGAAGACCCAGACUCGACCUCCAUCAAGUAUGUUAGCGGUGACGUCACCCACCCGCAGGCCGGGGCGGAGGACGUGGUCAUCGUGCACUGCGUAGAUGACUCUGGCCGCUGGGGCAGAGGGGGUUUGUUCACAGCUCUGGAAACAAGGUCUGCCGAGCCAAGAAGAAUAUACGAGCUGGCCGGGAGGAUGAAAGACUUGAGUUUGGGAAGUGUCCUUUUAUUUCCUAUUGAUGAUAAAGAGUCAAGAAGCAAAGGGCAAGAUCUGUUGGCCUUGAUUGUGGCCCAGCACCGCGACCGCUCCAAUGUGCUGUCUGGCAUUAAGAUGGCAGCCCUGGAAGAGGGCCUGAAGAAGAUAUUCUUCGCAGCAAAGAAAAAGAAAGCAAGUGUCCAUCUUCCACGCAUCGGACACGCCACGAGAGACUUUAACUGGUACGGUACUGAGCGACUUAUUCGGAAACACUUGGCCGCAAGAGGCAUCCCAACUUACAUAUACUACUUUCCUAGAAGCAGGGCUGCCAGCCUUCACUCACAGCCCUCAUCUUCAUCCUCACGACAGCUGGUGCCUUAACCGCUGGCUCAGCGUCAGGGCCAGCCCUCAGCAGCCAGCUGAGUUGUCUGCUCAGAGCUCCUGUAACAGAGCAUUUCACAUCGGGAUCAGGGCCCAGUGGCCUCUGAGAUACUGUUUUCUGGAAGUUCUAAUGUUGCUCUCCUUCGGUGUUGCUGCUUCGGUGCCUGUGGUACAGGGACACACAGGUUGUGUGAGAAGGCCCUUGGGCAGCGUGCCUGGGCCCGUUUGCAUAGCUAUCUGCAUAAUAAUAAAGUUCCUAUCUCUAGUGGU